CCUAAAAUAUUCAAAAUGCCACAAUGAUGGAAAUUGGCCAAGUUUGAGCUCGUUCUCUCCUCUCCACCUAAAACCUCUAUCGCUCUCAUCCCCUCACUCUCCACCUAAAACCCUCUCAUCCCUCGCUCAUCCGACUACCUCUCCGACGUGCCAUUCCGACUCCAUUCGACUACCUCAUCCGACACCAAACUGGAAAGUUCUCAUACUUUGCUCAAUGCUCAUUCUCCUUCGACUUGGUGGUCAGCGAGAUACUCCUCUCGUUCGACCACGCUCAUCUGACUCCUCUCAGUGCCGGAAACUUGUCAUACGCCGGAUUACCGACCAAUUGAAAACGAAUCUCAGGCAUGAACAUCUCGAUGACCCUAGAAGAACAGAAUGGAAAGGAUUUCCUUCAGGGACUAGAGCGGCUACUGCUGGUGGGUUAACAACAUUGGUUGACAUGCCUCUUAAUAGUUUUCCAUCUACAGUUGCCGAAGAAGCUUUUGAACUCAAGAAGAAUUGUAUCAACUACAGGCAGUAAUGGAUUCUUUUUGACGUGAUUAGUCUCCCACCAAAAACAACCCAUAUCCUGCCAAAAUAA